AUGGAUAUCAACUCUCCUAUUGUUGAGUUAUACGAGAAAGAGAAUGAAAAGCUUGUGGACCAAGGAGCUUUGACGAAGAGAGAAAUUGGAGAAGUUCAAAGUGAACGUUUGCCGACUGAGAUUGAAGCAUUAAGAUUUGAACUCAAGCGUCUCAAUUCUAAUGAAGAAUACAGAGAAAGAGCAUUUACAAAUCUACGAGAAGCCAUCAAGAAAAAAGAUGGACAGCUUAAGGAUUUAAAAGAUGAACUUGACUAUGCGCAGAUGGAAAAGAACUAUUACUUGUACCAAAUCGAACUGCUAGAGAAUGAGCUGAAAGACAGCGAAGAAAGCAAAGAAAAUCUUCGAUUUGAAUAUGACGAACUGAGAGUGAUCUUUGAUGAGUUAAAAGAAAAAAAGGACUGUGAAGACAACUUUGCGGAGAUGGAAAAGAACUACUACUUGUACCAAAUCGAACUGUUAGAAAAAAAGCUGAAAGACAGCGAAGAAAGCACAGAAAAUCUUCGAUUUGAAUGUGACGAACUGAGGGUGAUUGUUGACGAGUUAAAAGAAAAAAAGGACAGUGAAGACAACCUCGCGGAGAUGGAAAAGAGCUAUUCCUUAUAUCAAAUCGAACUACUGGAGGCUAAGCUGAAAGAAAGCAAAGAAAGCAACGAAGUUCUACAAUUCGAAUGCGAUGAAGCAAGGGAGAUGGUAAAGGAUUUAAAGGAAAUGACUCAUCGUAUAAACAGUGAAAACGCUGAUUAUGGGUAUUUACGUGAAGAAGUUGAACUGUUGAAAGGUUCCCUGGAAUUGGGUAAAAAUCGAGACGAAGGGUUAAAGAGUCAGUUGAAAUGCCUGGAGGAUGAACUUGCGAAGUUCAGAAACAAGAACAAACAGAUUGAAGUUAUCUAUGAAACACCAACAGUCACCAUUUAUAAAGAAAAAGGCAAGAUGGCUUUAGAAUUGUCAAAAACAUCGGAUGAAGAAAACGUUGAAUUCAGCGAGCUGCUAAAACAAAUAGAAGAACUCACUGAACAAAACAAAUAUCUCCAGGAAACGUUGAUAACCAAGACACAGGCAGUGGAUGAAAAGGAAAAUCCCGAGACGAUUUUGGACGCGAAACAGAAAAAGUUCAAAUCUGGAAUUAAGAAGCUUAAAAAGCGCAUUCGACAAAACAAGCGCGAGAUUGAACGCGUCGGGAUGUUUGCCUGGCAAAGGGGUUGCGAUACGAGAGAUUCAGCAUUGUGGAUGAGCCUGCUGAAGGAAGAAAGAAAAGAACUGGCUUAUGUAAGAAACUCUUUGAAACUGGAAACCCAAACAAGCCGUGAUAAGGAGAGAGAAUUACAGAACAGCAAACAACGCUUUCAGCAGAAAGAGACUGAACUGGUACAAGCGCAGGAAGGUUUGAGACACGUGAGUGAGACUGCUGGAGCUCUGCAAAAUGUUGUUGAACAGAUCGUAGAUUUCUUGGGGAAGCUGGACGUUGCUAUUAAAAGCCUUUGCAGAAGAUACACUCAAAGCACUCAAAGCCUGAUGAUGAAAAAAGAAAACACAUUGAGAGAAGCAGAAGCUGUCCUGACUGACUCCUCGCCAACAGAUGCGUCUUCUCGCCCGUUGACGGUAAGCCUUGAUAUAUAAUCCUACUUACGCAGAAUCGUAUUCAGUCGCAUUCGCUAUUUAUUUGUUUUUGAGGUGAGAGAAGAUUGGUGUUAGAUUCGGGAAAGCGGAGUGUUAUGGAAGGGAUGAAGGAAAUUGCUCCUCAUCCUUUCCAAUGAGUACCGCGCGCAACAGUAUCAUCUAAUCUUCCCUCUUUUCACAGAAGUAUAAACAGCGACUGGGUACAUAGCCUGCGUAACAAGCGUUUCUGUUGAAAGAACGAGGAACGGGAUUUUCGUUUUUGGCCACGCAUGAAAUAGAACGAGAGCCAAUCUCCACCCCUCCUCGUCUUUAACUCGCGCCAUUUUUCGCGCGGUCUUUGACUCUGGUUCGUCGUUUUUUGCUCCGAAACCGGACGGAAAUGCUUGCUACGCAGGCCACUGGGUACAAGUCAACUACUUAGAUGUUGCGCUUUGUUUAAGAAAGACCUACAAGCCUUCCCCCAACAUCAUUUCUAGGGCUUUUCCUUUUAGAAAAUGGGGCAAAAAAGCAUUCAGUGGGGAAGGGGGUCCUUCGUACCCUUCUCACCUUUGGCCAUUAUCAAUAAUUGUGGGGUACCCCUGAGGAUUUGGAGCCCUGAUCCCAUGUAGGAAAAAAAGCCGGAAAAUUUAAAAUGCCUGCAGUUUGGACUGUUACUAACAUUUCAAGGUUCUGGGUAUAUGCAUUAUGUAAGAGGGGAAUCAUGCUCAUCGAAGCCGGGGCAAAUCCUCGCCCCACACCGCUCGCCCUUAGAGAUAGCCUUGAACUUGCAAUAGACUCUGUUUUAUAACCUUGCUGUUAGAAAUGGCCAAUAAUAGAUUCCCUACCGUUUCUUUACGAAAAAUUAGACCCUGUUUUGAAUAAGAUUUCCUUAAAUUGUAUACCCUGUUAUGAGUCAAGUCAACAAACUAUGCAUUGCUAAAAAUAAGUGUCGCAUUCUCGUAAGGCCUAAAUAAAGAAGUUGCCAGGGCUCAACUAUAGUGCUUACUGACACACAUUGAAAAGACCAGCUUCUGAUAUGUAUCGGACGGCUUUAUGUCAUCAAAACGUAUGUAACGGAGGGCGUAUUUUACCAUUUCAGGUAUUAUGAACGAUAGUGAUGAUGAUAAUAACGCUACCGUAACACCGUUUGAGGCCAGUCUCAAAGAGUCAGUUUAAGGAUGAGAUUAAGCAAAUCAGUUGGCUAAAUUAAAACACUGUAAUUUGAGAACUAUAUAUAGUGAGUAACAUAUCCCUUCUGUUGUUUCUCCAGUGGGCGGCGUUGGACGCACAAGCGAGAGAUCUGGGGCAUGAAACCAGCACAUUGAGGUAAGAAAAUGUCAGUGAUCUAUUACUGCUGUUAGCAGUAAUGCUAAACGGUAGGAAGUCACACUGAAGUCAACUACUCCACUAUGGGCUCCCGCGGGCUUUCAUGUGCUCCUGACUCCGCUUUGUUCCCUCUUUCAGCCCAGUUGUAGAUUGGGGAUAAUUAUUUCAAAAUGUAACAUAUAUUCUCUCUUCUGAGAUAUUUCCAUUUAAAAGUUUACACUUUUCUUUGAAUUGUACUUGGGUUUUCACUGAUUUACGUUUUUGCUAAAAUAGUUGAUUCUCGGCUCCUUGACGUCCGUAUACAUUGUCUGUAUUAAGUUGCCCUGGACCAGGUUACUCGGUGGGUAAAAAGAUGAAUUACGAGGUGAUGGCCGCAAAAAAGCGGGCCGUGCUAUUAGGAGAAUGAGGAGAGGCCUCUUCAGUCCCCUACCCUCCCCUCUCCUCACUUUGCCUUUUUCCUCUUGCUGACCCGAACCUGUUGUUCCGCGGCCCUUCGUCACUGAGAAGCCUGGUGCGUAUAUCAUACAGCCUCGUAGAGUUCACUCUUAGAGAUGUUUGUAACAAGAGGUUUAACUGUAUGUUAUUUUUCAAUGGCUCGUUUCGUAAAAGCGUUUAUGUAACUGAACAAUUUUAUUGUUUCCAGGUAUUCCGAGAACCCUUCACAAAACCAGUCCUCGAUUGUUUCCUCUGAAAGAGAUAUGACUGUGAGGGACUGGAUCCCACCCAGAACAGAUGACUCUGAAAACUAUUUCCUUUCUCUGUUAUCUUUUAAGUAAAAAUUGCCAUAUUUUAUUUGAAGAAAAUGUUUAUAACUUUAGCAAAUUAUAUUAAACUAUACAACUUUCUGACCCUAAAUCCAAAAUCUAUUGUCACUUGUUAGCGGUUUCGUUCUUUUCCAUUAAAAAUAUCUUGUUCAUAUAAAAUCAGUUUCAAUCUUUCAGUUUUACUUAAGCCCGUACAAAUUUAAGACCAACCUUUUUAUCUAAAUUUUCAAACUCCAAAACAGUAAGUAUUUUGGUUACAGAUAUUUAAAAAACAAAGAAUUUCAGAAUAGAAAAAAUUGAAGUUAAUAUACGUGUUAAUGUGAAUGUAAUAAUAGUAAUAAAAAAUUGUGGAAAUAUAAAUUCGCAAAGUUCGACUAAGUAAUAAAUGUGUAAGUAUUAUUUAAGAGCAAUUUAGUUCAAAUAAAAUUGAGAAAAUGUAUAUAAGCUAUUGUUUGUGUUACUACGUUUAGAAAUAGGCUAAUCAUGGUAGUAAAAUGACGCCAUAUAAUCGUGAAAUUGACCCCUAUUAUUUGCCUCUCUCAGGAGCCCCAGUUAUAGGCUGUAAGCUCCUUCAUCCCUAGAAAAAAAAUCAGGGGAUUGCGUAUUGUAUUGAUGGAUUGCUUGGGGGUUUGGAAAUAACAAAGUAGCAUCUGAAAUAACGUAAAGUGAAGAGAAAAUUACCGACCUUUCAUAAGUCACGUGUUCCCCAAGUGAUCAUAGUACUCUUAAGUACUGAUCGAAUGCUAGCCCCCAAUCUCCCAGGUUGUCUAUAAUUUCUUUUUCGUUUCUUCUUUUUAGACGUUUUCCCUAGCCAUGCAUGCAGCUGAUUCAUGUACUUGAGUGGGGAGGGGGAGGGAGAGAAGAAGGGAGUGUAUAUAUUGAGGAACGAGCGCCCUCCAUAUCGCUGUCACUUCCAAGCUCUGGGUGGUGCUUCUGAUUGGUCUUGCCCAGAGGGAAAUCUGCUUCAACCAAUCAGAAGCACCACCCAGAUCUAGGAAGUUACACGUCAUCGGAAUGGAAUUGCUGCGCCCGUUCCUCAGAUGUCAUUUCACUCUUUCCUCAGGCUAAGCUUGCUCUCUUUGAACACGUGAGCCGAAACGCACAGACCGCGCGGAAUAACGAUCCUGCUUAUAAACAUGCAUCGCUCAUGGUAUUGCAAGUAAACCGACGAACUUGCUGAGCGUUUCGUGGGUUUUACCAGUUGAACUUCAUUUUCCUGCCAGCGUUUAAUACUUGCAGGGGGCGGAUCCAGGAUAUUUCUUAAAAGGGGGUGCUCCACUAAAGAACUACCAUUUUAACUACCAUUUUUACGGCGUUUAAAUUCUUCAACCUUGUCUCAUGUUUUAAUUCAACACCAAAAAACCACAAAGUUUUUUCUUUGCAGAAUACCUGUUGUAUUAGAAAGCCGCAGGUCAUCUCAAAGGAGGGGUGCCCACCCCCAGUACCCUCCCCCUAGAUCCGCCCCUGACUUGGGCUUGAGUUCAUAUUACCAAUAGGCCAUUUUACAGUUACGGAUGAAAGCGAGGCUGAGGGUCAACCUUGUCCCCAGGGCUUUUCCCUUAAAAAAUGGGUGGGGCCACCCAUUUUUUAAGGGAAAAGCCCUGGGGACGAGGUUGGCUGAGGGUGACCUUGUUUUGAUACAAACCUUCCUGAUUUAUUAUGUAAAUCAAGUUAUUCUUACGCUAAAUAGUAUUUUUCAAGAACAAUUUCCAUAACAAAGCAAAGAAGGUUUGUAUCAAAACAAGGUCACCCUCAGCCUCGCUUCCAUCCAUAAUUGUAAAAUGGCAUAUUUCAGGACUGAAGCACACGCUACCAACCCCGCGAUAUGGCCAGUACCUUACGCAUGCCCACAACCAUAUCACCCGGGCAGUGGCAGCCAUGGGCAGCUGUUUCGCCCUUGUUGAGGCUCAUCAGCAUGGCAGCCGUCGGGUCAAAGACCCUUUACUGCCCGGGAGAAUUCAAACCAGCAAUCCUAGCCUGCAUGGCAGGCAUUUGGAGCGAAAGGGAGGGGAAUUUCUUCUUUUUUCCUCAGUAUCCCCACCCCUUUAUGCACCUGCCAAGCAAGCUUCACUCCAUGGAGGCGAAUCCGGGUUCCGAAAUCCGGAAUCCUGGGCUUUGGAGUCCAGAAUACAGCUUAAGGAUUCCACUAACGAUUAAAAUCCAGAAUCCAAGUUCUAGUUAUGGAGACUGAAAUCCAGUACCUGGAAUCCUCAAAUACGUGAUGGAGUGGAAUCGAGAAUCCCAGAUUGUCAUGGAUUCCCGUGACAUAGCGCUACAGGUUCUGAGUUCUCGUUCCUUGCAGCCAGGAGCCGAUUGCUGGUGCAGCUCAGUCUGAUUGCGAAUUUCUUUAAACCCAGGUAUGGGCUCUUUUUGAACCAUUUUUUGCGCUCCCACAGGUAUGCCAUGUGUUUGGUUAUUAGCCUGCAAAUAAAGCCGACUCCCCUCGCUAGAGACGUGUCUCUCCCGCGAAACGUCCCUAGCGGCGAGGAGCGCGCGAGGCAAAGUUUCAUUACUCAGUUGAAAUACUCGUCACUUCUUAGAAGAUAGAAUUACUGAUCAGUCUCACCCGUGAAUAAUGAAAUUUUACGAGAAACGUCACUACAGCCAGAAAUAUGUAUUUUCUGAUGCCCUUGAAGAAGACUACAAACUACAACUGGGAGCCCUUUACGAGCACUCGAAAAACGCGAAACGAGUACAUGUAGCGCGAGACUCACGCGCCAAUUGAGACUGGGUUCUAAAAGAAACCAAUAUGGCGGCGGAGUGACUAAAGCAGAAACAUGUGCAUUUUUAAGGUCUCCAACUUGGCAUUAUUAUAGACUUUAAGAACUCGGAUUUGACAUCCAUGGGUUCAUUAACCCAUUCUUCAACACUUGGAGUUAUUUAUGGGCUGAACAUUCACGGACGUGGCAUGGCAGAAGUCUUGAAAAAUCCGACACAGGUCUUUUGAGGUAUGAUUGUGAGCUUAACUUAAAGUUCACGACUAUUUAGUAGAAAGUGUUGGACUCAUGAGCAAAUAAUAUUCAGUUAAUGGUAUUUUUAGCAUUAAUUAAAGUUACCUUCAAAACACCCGGUCACUUAAUUAUUUAAAUCUCGUUUAAUAUGGACAGGCGAGUUACCCCACUUAUUAAAGCGGGUUAACCUCACCCACCUGGGGUUUACACCUCAUAACGGACAUUUUUCUAUGUCCCUGGAGAAAGCUCUUACAAUUUUUCUUUCCUUUCUCCUUUCCCCAAGGGAAGUUUCAUUGGAGAGACAUCUGCGCCUCAAUGACAGAAAUUCCAUGGCAAUGACAUAAAGUCUGUGCUAAAUCUGGUCAGGAGUUCUGAUUGGUUGACAUAUUACAGCGAAAUUCGUUGUAUCACCCUGCGCGUAUUGCAAACUUUGAAGAGAUUUUGGGUUUUUUUGUUCCAUCAAUCACUUUAGUGAAGGCAGGGUUAAUGCAAAUCACAUUGUAAUGUGCUCGCCCAGCUUGGCCAAGCUCUAGACUGUUCAAGAAUAGCAAAGGAAAUCGCAAUGGUGAGUAGAUUUUUUGUUGAAGGAAGGAGGCAGACAUUGCGUUAUUCUUGCAAGUGAUAAGAAUAAGAAAGAUCAGGAAAAUCUGUGAAGCAAACUUAACCAGUCGAUUAUUGCCCAAAACAGGAUGAUCACAAAGCAACAAACCUUGAAACGCGAAACAAAAAAACGGACCAAAAUCCACCAAUCACAAAAGUCACAAACCAUGACCUUUUGAACUUGAACAAGCAAACAUGUGUUUCCUAGGAGGUCCACUAAGGUGAUUGACAGAACAGAAAAACCCCAAAAUCCUUCGAAGUUU